UCACGGGGGGCGGAUCCGACCGACUACCACGGCCCGCUAGGACAAGUGCUGAGCAGGGACCGAAUCCAGCCCCCGGGGGGGGGGGGGGUGAUCUGAUCGCCGGGCAGAGUAGGAAAGGCCCGGCUCGCCCUGGGUGCCCUUCCACCACGAUGGGCGUGCAACCCCCCAACUUCUCCUGGGUGCUUCCGGGACGGCUGGCCGGGCUGGCGUUGCCGCGGCUGCCCGCGCACUACCAGUUCCUACUGGACCUGGGCGUGCGGCACUUGGUGUCCCUGACCGAGCGCGGGCCCCCUCACAGUGACAGCUGUCCCGGCCUCACGCUACAUCGAAUGCGCAUCCCUGACUUUUGCCCGCCGUCCCCGGAACAGAUCGACCAAUUUGUGAAGAUCGUGGACGAGGCCAGUGCCAGGGGAGAGGCUGUUGGCGUGCACUGUGCCCUAGGCUUUGGCCGCACUGGCACCAUGCUGGCCUGCUACCUGGUGAAGGAGCGGGGUUUGGCUGCUGGAGAUGCCAUCGCUGAGAUCCGGCGCCUGCGACCCGGAUCCAUUGAGACAUAUGAACAAGAGAAGGCCGUCUUCCAGUUCUACCAGCGAACAAAAUGAGGGAUUCAGCAUCCCUCCUUUCCCCUCCGGGACCUCUGCUGCCAGAGAGGAAGGGACUAAAGUACUCUCUUUCAGCUCCCUCUGGCUCCUAUUGGACAAAAGUAGUCCUUCCCCAACCUGGCCGGCAAGGUGGCUGAGGCCCCUUGAAAAUGACGUAAUAACGAAUAGGAACUCAUUACCACUGCAUAGCAUGUACGCAGCAUGCCCAAUACAUCAGCUUCCUGUAGCCCUGGGUUGAUGAAAAGACACACACACACACACACACACACACACACACACACCACUUCUGUUCUUUGGAUGAGGUGGCUAGAGUUCAGAAAGGCCUCCAGUCACAGUUCCAGGAAACAGAAGGAUGGACCGGGACUUCAGCACACACCUUGGAGAUGAUGGGAUUCUAGGUGCCAUCCCCUGACCAUAUGUGAUAGAGGAGAACUGGUCAGUGAAAGAGAUCCCUGUCUCUGGCCAAUCGGCCUCCAAGUAGCCCCAGCUAUGCUCCCAAACGGUGGGUGCACCGUUGAUAUCGCCCCUUAUUUAGGGUCGUCUGUCCUACCUGAGCCAUCUUUGUUCCCCUCAGGGUACAGAAGACUUGCAUAUUGUGCUCAUAGAUGAGGUCUCUGUCUGUCUCCUGUCUUGUCUGUUUCUCUAUCCCCCUCCCUCUCCCUCUCCCUUCCUGGUCCCCCUCCCCCGCCCGGACUCUUUCUCCCUCCCCGUCCCCCCACCUCUCUCUCCAAGGCUGGCCAGCUCUUACCAGCCUCAGAUGGACCCAACCCCUAUGUCAUCCCCAGCCCCAGACCAACGAAUGCUGAAACUGCAUCUUGGUGGUUACAGAGUGGAUAUGAAGUGAUCAAAUAAAUAGCUCUGGGACUAUGAAUCUUG